CAGCUCAGUUACAUCCAAUGAGAUUAAGCGGCGAGCGCCAUCUCUUCAUUGCUCCUCCCCACCAUGACAAGGACCUCCUGCUCCUCGUCUGACUUUCUCGGAGCUGAUUCUCUUCGAAGAUCCCGCUCUCAUAAUCCCUUCCUUCAAUCUUAUCGCUCAGAGGCAAGAGUCUCUCGUUCUUCAAUCAUUCCCACCGCUCUCUUUCGUCGUCUCGAUAUCACAGAUGACAUGUCGGCUCACUCCAAGGACCCUCUGUUGACCCUCUCCCUCUCUUCCCCCUCCUUCCUAGACUCGACGGUUCAAGAUGACAUGACCUCGUUCCCUCUCUACGACAUAAAAACAGACACAACACUCUCAGAAAUCUCCAGAUCUGACGAGUGGGGCAAUACUUUCCAGGCUGCGUCCAUAAAGUGGCCAAAGCACGUUUAUCAGAACAAGGGGAAAGGAAAGGCUACUGACGGAGUUCAGGUUCAGCUACGAAGUGGUCGUUGGAAGAGUGUCGAUACAUUCUUAUCACCGGUGACCGUGUUGAACUCUGCGCGCAAGUUUUACAUUCCAGGAUACUCUCAUCCUUUGAAGUGGAAGGCAGUGGGAUCCUCGUUUGAGUGUGUUGCUGCUUCAGCUAAAGGUCCGAUUGCUAUAUUGGACCUUGUGGAUCCCCUGUCGCCAAAACUGAUGAUCUUUGAGACGCUUCAUGACAAGCAUGACACUCGCCCCAUGAAUGUCCACCGAGGCGUUUCCCUUUUACUGCUCGACUACUUACUGGUUUCUGCUCUACUUCUGGUUACAGACUCACAAGAAUGGACGAAUCUGCGAAAAUCUGAAGGGGAAUCCAGCUCCUCUCCCUUACAAGCGCGGCGGUCACUUAGUGGAUCAGUGUCUCCGAGAUCCAUUUCCGCCACCUCAACCUCUGCUUCACAGUGGAGAAAAAUUAUGUACGGCGAACCUAUGUACCCAAAACGUUUGUCAAGCACUUCACAACCGCCUUCCACCCCUACCUCUGCCGGACAGAUGGCGAAAAUCAUGUUCGGAAAGCCACUUUACCCCUCAUUACGAACUAGUUCCGACUAUUCCUGUUGCCCGCCCGACUUUGAUAGCGACGCGGACACUAGUGACAGCGACAGCGAAAGGCCGGAAGCUGAAGAUUCCGAACACGAGGAUGAAGAGGAAGAGGAAGAGGAAGGGGUGGGAGUACAAGUAGUGACCCCUUCAAGGCAGCCGUCUCGUGCUCCGAGUCCUUCUGAGGAAUCGGUCCUCUAUCCUUUGACAACCUCUUCUGCACCCUCCCACACUUAUCUGGACCCUUUGUUUUACAACGAGUUCAACGUACCUCCUGUCCCCAAGAUACCUACCCAGUACGCGGCUUCAGCCAGUUCUAGUCGCGUACCAAGCCCGAUUACACCCGGGCCGUCUUCUAGCAUUAACAGGAGAUUCAGGGAGCUUCCCAGACCUCCAUCAUCAUCCCACAGAUCGCAAUCAACUCCACGACCUCGGACGGCAGAUCCCAGCACUUCUAGUCCUGUGGAGAGCAUGGCGUCGUCAGCGUCAGAUGACCGGCGCCCGUCCUAUGAUGCCGCUUUCCUGGUUUCCACGCCGCUCAGAAUGCUCCCCUUACCUCCUCCAGGAAGUCCUGUUGAUGGUCUAGGACCUGUUCAUCCAUUGAGACACAGUCAAAGCUCUGGUCGCCCACUCCACAGUCGAUAUAAUGACAAGCGGUCUUCCCGAUCCGCCAAUCGUACGCUUCCCCCCACACCCAGUCAGGAUAGUCAUUUUCCGAAGCGUUCAUUUGGUGACCUUGCGGAUUGGCUAUCCUCCACGGAUUGGCCAGGUCCACAUGCAUCCACCAGCUAUGGACGAGACUCCCUAAUAGGAAUUGAUUGUCCACCGCCUGCCUACAACUCGAUCGAUUUUAGUCAGCCCACAAUACCGACAUCUGUUACAUCACUUCCGCCCGCCCAUCCUCCACCGCACGGCUCAUCUUCUCCUGGAACUGCUCUCUGAAGGAAACAAUUGUACCUUGUCGGCGCGGCCGAACUAAAACGAUAAUAAUGUAAAGCUAAACAACAUCGCCAUUUCGACAUGUUGUAAUUUUUCCAUCACAUUAGUGCCACUCUCUCGGUUCCAAGAGCAUCGUUGUUCACACCCCCACACCUUUUCAUCUCCACUCCACUCUUCCCCGCCCCCCGGUGCGGAGGAUAGAGAAUUAUCUGGGAGUCGAGACGAGAAUUCAUCUCCUUCCGACCCCAUCUUCCUUUGUCCCUGGUGGAAUUAGCAGCCUUGAACCUUUCUUCAUCAUAAUCUUAUGCUUUACGUUUAAAACCCUAGUCGUUCUGGAACCGGUUAUCUUUACGCUAUCCUCAUCUUAAUGCUCAUCAUCUAUUUUAGAAUUAGCUGCGGUCUUAUUCCCCCUCACAGCAUUUUAGUUUUCUCCCCUUAUUUGUCGUCAUCACCAUCCGUCCAUCUCAUCCAUCUCACUCCUCUCUUCAACGGGUGGUGAUAUGUCUGGGGCAUUCGCUUACCUUCUUCAUCCUCAAUCGUCGUGUUUCAUAAUCCGCACCCCUCCUUAUUGUUCGCUUUCGUCUACUAUCUGCCCCCGAAUCAUUCUGCACUACAUCUGUUUGUAUUUUUGACAUGCUUUGAUCUUUUUUUAUCAUUCUUCGUGAUGUUGGGUGUACUGCUCGGCUGUAUGUAGCUCCCCUACGCUGUGCCCACUUAGAAAGUAUUGUAUGACGGGGACAUUUGAGGAGUUGUAAAGUAACAAUGUCUUCGCUACCUUCCCAAAUCUCGUCUGCUUUAUCUCGUAACUAAUGUUUAGCUUGGAAGUAAAUAAAGGAAUGCAACA